ACAUUUCUAGUUUUUCUACGGUUGUACACCUGUGCUUGCGGAUUCUUUUCAAGUGCUGUCUGCUUGCUUCAAUCCACUUUCAAAAUUCCCUCCUAUCCUCGCUAGGGUUCCGCCGGAAAUGAAGCGAUCCUUAGACUACUACGAGCUUUCCGACGACGAAGGGGCUGAAGAACACUCAUUCCACCUCUCCCGUGUCCUUAAAACUGAUUCCGCACCUCCGCCUCCUCCAAUCGAGUCAUUCGCUUAUUCCAAAACUGACACUUCUUCGAAGCGUUCCAAUUCCAAUGUUAUUGACAUCGACGACAGCUCUUCGGAGGAAAUCGAGGAUAAAGUGGAGAAUUUAGACGACGACGAUGAUGACGGCGUUGACGAGGAGCUCAAGGCGGUGAAUAAAAUCCGCAGCCGUCGCAGGUUCGUCAUUGCCGAUGAGGAUGAGGAUGAUUGUGAUGAAAUGAAGUCUGCGAAGAAGCGGCGGGAGGUUUCGGGGUUUGACGAUGAGGAUGAAGAGCUGGAACUGGAGUUGAACUCGGAAUUCGAAGACGAUGAGGAGGAGCAGGAGGAAGAGAAGGAUGAAAUCGACGUUGUUGCCAAGGCAUUGCAUAAGUGCGGUAAGAUAUCUUCUGACCUGAAGAGAGAGUUGUAUGGCUCAGCAGGCGUGGCUUGUGAUCGGUUCUCUGAAGUUGAGGAAGCUUCUUCACUGAGAAUGGUUACUCAGGAUGAUGUAAAUGAGGCUUGUGCAGCAGGGGACUCAGAUUUUAAGCCAGUGCUGAAACCUUACCAGCUAGUAGGAGUCAAUUUCCUUUUUCUGUUAUACAGAAAGAAAAUUGGAGGAGCAAUACUGGCAGAUGAGAUGGGUCUUGGCAAGACAAUACAGGCCAUAACAUACUUGACCCUGCUCAAGCAUUUGGAAGAUGACCCUGGACCCCAUUUAAUUGUUUGCCCUGCUUCUCUUUUGGAGAACUGGGAAAGGGAGCUCAAAAAGUGGUGCCCAGAUUUCACUGUCCUCCAAUAUCAUGGUGCUUCUCGUUCUGCUUAUUCGAAAGAUUUGAGCUAUCAGGCGAAGGCUGGAUUACCACCCCAAUUUAAUGUUAUACUUGUGUGUUACUCACUCUUUGAACGACACAGUGCACAGCAAAAAGAUGACCGCAAAGUUUUAAAGCGGUGGCGAUGGAGCUGUGUUUUAAUGGAUGAGGCUCAUGCUUUGAAGGAUAAAAAUAGCUACAGAUGGAAAAACUUAAUGUCUGUGGCACGAAAUGCAAACCAACGCCUAAUGCUUACAGGGACACCACUACAGAAUGAUUUGCAUGAACUAUGGUCUAUGUUGGAGUUUAUGAUGCCUGAUCUAUUUGAAACAGGAGAUGUUGAUUUGAAAAAACUUUUAAAUGCAGAAGAUAAGGAAUUAAUUGCUCGAAUAAAAUCUAUACUAGGACCAUUUAUUUUGAGAAGAUUGAAAUCAGAUGUAAUGAAGCAACUUGUACCUAAGAUUCAUAAGAUUCAUUAUGUAUAUAUGGGUAAACAACAGGGAGGCUUGUAUAAAGAAGCAAUUGAAAAUUACCGUGCAGCUUCUGAAGCUCGCACGCCGAAGCUAUCAGGAACUGAUUUGAAUAAUGCUGUUGGUAUUCUUCCUCGAAGACAGAUAUCAAACUAUUUUCUUGAAUUCCGCAAGAUUGCAAAUCAUCCAUUGCUAGUAAGGCACUUUUACACUGAUGAUGAUGCUAUUCAAAUAGCAAAAAUGUUGCACCCAAGAGGUGUCUUUGGUUUUGAAUGUACUUUGGACAGAGUGAUUGAAGAGCUCAAGGGUUAUAAUGACUUCUCUAUUCACAAGCUUUUACUUUAUUAUGGUGACAAUGGUACAAAGGGAAUUCUUUCAGAAGAACAUGUUAUGAGUUCAGCAAAAUGCCAGGCACUAGCUGAUCUCCUCCCUUCCCUAAAGCUAUCAGGGCAUCGGGUUCUUAUAUUUAGCCAAUGGACAUCAAUGCUAGAUAUCCUUGAGUGGACGUUGGAUGUCAUUGGAAUCACUUACAGGCGUCUUGAUGGAAGUACUGCGGUGACAGAGAGACAAACUAUUGUAGAUACCUUCAAUAAGGACACUUCGAUAGAUGUAUGCUUGCUCUCCACGAGGGCAGGGGGACAGGGUUUGAAUUUGACUGGUGCUGAUACUGUAAUAAUACAUGAUAUGGAUUUUAAUCCCCAAAUGGAUCGGCAAGCUGAAGACCGCUGUCAUCGCAUUGGACAGACAAAGCCAGUUACAAUAUUCAGACUGGUGACAAAAGAAUCCGUUGAUGAGAACGUAUAUGAAAUUGCAAAGCGAAAACUCACAUUGGAUGCAGCCGUUCUUGAGAGUGGAGUUGAAGUGGAGAAUGAAGGUGAUAUGUCUGUCAAGACUAUGGGAGAGAUUCUAUCAUCAAUGUUACUUGGCUGAUCAAUUUCAGCAAGCCCCAUUUCAUUCUGCUUUUCCAUUCUUUAACUAACUUUAUUAAUCGGCGGGAGAUAAACUAGAUAGCAUUGGGUGCUUGUAGCAGGCAGGCUAGUUUUCCAUAUGUAUCCAGUUCCCUCCCCUAUAUGAUAUGGGUCAUGCUUCUAAAGGUCACAUGUUCUACUAGAUGUCUAGAUGCAUAGUAAUUGUACUUUAUGACAGUGGGUACCAGUGGGAGCUUGGCUCAAUCUUUUCUUUUUUUGGGUUCCGCUAUAGGAAAUGAAGAAUUAAAUUUAGCCA